CCGCUUCCCUCUGCCCUCUCCUCCCCCAAUUGGGAGGGUAAAGCCCUUCGCUGCUUAAACCCCGACCGCACACGCCGCCGCCGCCGGCACCGGCAAGCCUCCUCCCAUGUUCUGCGCCGCCGCCGCAACCACCGGAACGCGCACGGCAGCUCAGCGAGAGACGAACCCAAGAUCGACACUCUCCGUGCCUAGCCCGCUACGCUCGCCCCCGCCAUGAGACCCUGCCCCUUCGGAUGCGCUUCCGACCACGCCUCCCCCUGCGCCUCCUCUUGCCUCAUGUCCGGCGCCGUCCUCCGCUACCCUUUGCACCUCUGCCUAGGCCCAUAUCCUCCUAUCCCUCCUCGGCGGCGGUGGCGGCAACGGAUUCCGAGGAGGAUGCGGUUGUUGCCAGGGACGCACUACUAGCACCUCCUCGUGCCGGCGGGGCAGGAGGCAGGUUUGGGGAGGACAAGGAAGAGAUCGAGAGGAGGGCCUCGAUCGCCGUGCGGAUGAACCUCUGCUAUGAACUGCUGCAACAGAGGAGGUGGCGGGAGAUGCGGGGCGCCUUGGCGCAGAUGGUCACCGAACAAGGAUCUGGGUCUGCGGCGAUUCUCUGUGAUAUAUUGCGGAAUGGAUUCAGAGAAUGCGAUCCCAGUAGUAUUAUGUGGGAUGCUCUUGCAAAUAGUUAUGCAAGAGCUCAGAUGAUUCAUGAUGCUCUUUACGUUCUAAGUAAAAUGAACAGCCUAAACAUGCAAAUCUCGGUGUCCACCUACGAUAGUUUAUUGUAUGGCCUAAGAAUGACGGACAUGGCAUUGGAGCUUUUUGAAGAAAUGGAGGCAUAUGGUAUCUCCAAGAGUGAAUAUUCGCAUAGCAUUAUCAUCGAUGGCCUUUGCAAGCAAGAUAAAGUUGGAGAGGCUUUAUCUUUCCUUCAGGAGGCAAGAAAAGGGGAAAGGUUUAAACCAUUGGGAAUGUCCUUCAACGUUCUGAUGUCUGCAUUAUGUAAUUGGGGGUUUAUUCAGCCUGCAAAAUCAUUUUUAUGUCUGAUGCUCAAGUACGGAUUAAACCCUGACAGGUAUACCUAUUCUACUCUUAUACAUGGUCUGUGUAAAAUAGGUUUCUUGGAUGAAGCAGUGGAUCUUUUUGAGAGAGUGACCGAAGAAGGAAUGAAACUUGAGACUGUCACGUACAACAGCCUUAUUAAUGGUUACCGCUUGCUUGGUUUGACAAGAGAAGUUCCAAAAAUAAUUCAGUUUAUGAGAUACCAAGGCAUUGAACCUGACAUUGUUACUUAUACUAUACUUAUUGCUGGUCACUGUGAAAGUGGUGAUGUUGAAGAAGGCAUGAAGAUAAGAAACGACAUCCUUGACCAAGGGCUGCAGUUGAAUAUUGUCACAUACAGUGUCCUUCUCAAUGCUCUCUUCAAAAAGGGUUUGGUCCAUGAGGCUGAAAACUUACUUGGUGAGAUACACAGUAUUGGUCUAGAUAUGGAUAUCAUUGCAUAUUCCAUCCUCAUCCAUGGGUACUGCAAGCUAGGAGAAAUUGAAAGGGCGCUAGAAGUUUGUGAUGUUAUGUGCUGUUCCCAGAAGGUGGUGCCAACCUCACUGAACCAUUUGUCCAUUCUUGUAGGACUUUGCAAGAAAGGACUGCUAGUUGAAGCAAGAUGGUAUUUGGAAAAUGUAGCUGUCAAAUAUCAGCCAGGUGAUGUAGUGCUCUAUAAUGUAGUUAUCGAUGGUUAUGCAAAGAUUGGUGAUAUUAGUAAUGCUGUUGGUCUGUAUGAUCAGAUUGUUAUAGCUGGUAUGUUCCCAACCAUUGUCACAUGUAAUUCUAUCCUAUAUGGGUAUUGCAAAUGUGGGGAUUUACAAGCAGCCGAGAGCUAUUUUAGGGCUAUUCAGAUAAGUAGUCUGCUGCCAACAAUGGUAACAUACACUACCUUGAUGGAUGCACUCUCUGAAGCUGGAAAAGUUAACACUAUGCUCAGUAUUUUAUAUGAAAUGGUGGAAAAGGGGAUCAAGCCAAAUGCUAUAACUUAUAGUGUUGUUAUUAAGGGACUUUGUAAGGAGCUCAGAUUCCAUGAUGCUAUCCAUUUUCUUGAUAAUAUGCAUGGAGAAGGUGUUAAUGCGGACCCAGUAACUUACAAUACACUUAUACAAGGUUUUUGCGAAGUGCAGGACAUUCAGAUGGCUUUCCACAUACAUGAUCGUAUGGUGUACUGUGGUAUAGUGCCGACACCUGUUACUUAUAACUUUCUUAUUAAUGUGCUAUGCUUGAAGGGGCAAGUCAUUCAAGCAGAAUAUCUAUUGGAAUCCCUCAGAGAAAGGGGUAUUGAGUUGAGAAAAUUUGCAUAUACAACACUCAUCAAAGCUGAGUGUGCAAAAGGAAUGCCUUACGAGGCCAUUUCAUUAUUUGGGAAGCUUCUAGAUGACGGGUUUGAGACUACUGUUAAAGAUUUCAGUGCUGCAAUAAAUCGACUUUGCAAAAGGAAAUUUGCUAAAGAAGCUGUUAUGUUCAUCCCAUUUAUGUUAUCUGCUGGCGUUUUCCCAGACACUCAAGUUUAUUAUGUGCUUGUCAGAGCUCUCCAGAAAAGGAAAGAGCUUUUCUAUCUACCCCUACUGCAUGCACUUGCUGUUAAAACUGGUAUUUAGUACCGUGAUCAUGUUUUAAGGCUCAGAUGAAGGAUUAGGACAACAUGGACCGGAUGUAACCAUAGGAUCAGCCUAUCAGUGUAGUUGUGAAAAGCUUAAGUGCCCUGACUAAAUACCUACGUGUAGUGAUAUUUUUUUAGCACAAUCAGCAAUAGAGAGUAUAUUUCAGAUCCAUCAGCGAAGCAGAUGGCAUUAAGAUGAGCCAUCACACCACUGCCUAGGCCUACCUGGUCAGUGGCUGGAGUAACGAAACAAUAAACAGAUGGAGCGAAUGUGCUAGUUGCAGAGAGGCCAUGGAACUGAACAACUAAGUGGCACUGAGAGCUGACCCGAGGGCGGGGUGUGUGCUUCCAACAUGCACACAAAGAUUCCAGCACAUGGUUGAGUGGAACAUGAACCGUGUAACGACAAUUUUGCUUUGCCAUUCAAUAGUCACUGUGUGAGCAUGCUUACGGAAAACCAAGUUGAUCCUAGGGAAUCCAUGAAGCAUGAUAGCACUUGUCGGAUGGAAGUGGACAAGGCUGAAGCUAGCCUUCCCACCAAAGGUGAUCUGGGCAGUGUGGCCGGCCCCCAUGAUCUGUAGUCAAAGUCCCAAAGAUUUCUUCUACGAAGUAGCAUCUCCUGAGAUCUAAAUGAGCAAUCUUGUACAUGACCAAAAGCCAAAACAUGAGGGAUCGGUAUAUGGGUGCUGGCCUAUUUACUCUACCCACAUUCUUGUCAAUUUUUCGUCUUGAUGUGCUCUAGUCGUUUUCAACCCUUUACUGAGUGAGAUUCCCGUGUUUCCAUCUUUAUGUAGUUUGUCCAAAUUGUGUACCCUUGUGCCUCUUGAUGUUAUACAGUUUUCUGUUGUUGAUGUUGUGAUCAAAUCAUGCUUAUUGGUCA